CCCCGGUGCCGGUGCCGCCGUCCCGCAGCCUCGCAGGAGCCAGCCCGCGCCCGCCCGCGCCCGAUGAACCCCAUGAACCCCAUGAAACCGUCGCUGCCGCCCACGCCGCACGGUGAUGGUUCAUUUGCAUACGAGGCUGUUCCUUGGCAACCAGGCACGAAUCAGCCCGCGGGAUCCCUCUCCGUGGUAACCACCGUGUGGGGUGUCAGCAACACCUCCCAGAGCCAGGUUUUCGGCAGCCCCAUGGGCCCCGGGGGGAGCAGCUCCAGCACCCCGCUGCUGCCCGGCAUGGCCGGCACCGGCUCGGGCAUGAGCUCGCCGCAGUUCCUGGCGCAGCAGCCGUUCGCCGAGGGUGCCCCCGGCAAGGGCUACGUGCAGCAGAGCGUCUACGGCCGCGGCUCCUACCCCGGGGGGCCGGGCUUCGCCCCCAGCUACGCGGGCAGCCCCAGCGGCCCCGGCGGGAUGGGGCUCCCCUCGCACGCCGGCCGGCCCCCCGCCGACUUCACCCAGGCAGCCGCCGCCGCCGCCGUGGCCGCCGCCGCCGCCACUGCCACCGCCACGGCCACGGCCACGGUGGCGGCGCUGCAGGAGAAGCAGAGCCAGGAGCUGAGCCAGUACGGGGCGAUGGGAGCGGGGCAGCCCUUCAGCAGCCAGUUCCUGCCCCACGCGGCGCCACGCGGCCCCGCCGUGCCCGCUGGUAUGAGCCCGGCCGGCAUGGCGGGGGUCAUGGGCCCCUCGGGCAUGGCCCCCAUGAGCAUGAGCCCCGCGCGGGCGCCCGGCAUGAGCGCCCUGUACAGCGGGCAGCGGAUGCCGCAGCACGCAUACCCCGGCCCCCCCCAGAGCCAGCAGCUCCCCCGCCAGGGCGUCAAGCGGGCGUACUCCAGUGAGGGAUACCCGGCACAGCAGUACCUGCAGGGCGGGCAGUACCCCGCUGCCGGCACCCAGUACGCCCCCAGCGCCCCCCAGCCCUCCGCUCCGUCCCCGUCCUACCCCGGGCACAGGAUGCAGCCGGGCAUGGGCCAGUACCUCUCCGCCUCGGGCAGCGCCGGGCCCUACUACAAGCCAGCCGAGCAGUUCAACGGGCAGGGCGCCAGCUUCGGCACCUACAGCCAGGCGGCCAUCAACGGGCCGGGCCGGUCGAUGCCGGGGUACCCCAGCUCACCCCUGCCCGGGAACCCCACGCCGCCCAUGACGCCGGGGAGCAGCAUGGCGCCCUACAUGUCCCCCGGCCAGGACUCGCCCUUCCUGCCCGACAUGAAGCCCGGCAUCGCCGCCCUGCACCCCUCGCCCUCGGGGCCCCCCCCCGGCGAGGAGCUGCGCCUCACCUUCCCGGUGCGCGACGGCGUGGUGCUGGAGCCCUUCCGCCUGCAGCACAACCUGGCCGUCAGCAACCACGUCUUCCAGCUGCGCGACUCCGUCUACAAGACGCUCAUGAUGAGGUCGGCGCGCGGGGGGGGUCGGGUGGGGUGGGGGGGGGGCACAGUACCCCUUGACACGGUGCCGGGGGGGCGGCGUGGGGACACGAGGCGUAAGGGCGCAGCGCGGUGACA